AUGGGAACAUCAUCAGGGUCCAAUCAUCCUCACCAGAUGUUACCUCCACGUCAGCAGCUACGGAGUGGAGGGCCAGAAACAGCUCUUUCACUCGUAUCUUCAGAUCCCCACUCGUCACACGAAGGUCAGGAGCCACGUUCUAAUUCCGAUGCCGUGCGUCGUGAGUCUCCAGCUGAGAGUGCGAGCUCUCAAGAAACAUGGCCACUAGGAGAAGUAUCUGUGGCUAAGAAGACAGUGGUGGUGAAUAAAAAAACGGAGCCUGACUCUCAUGAACAUCCCGUAAUGCACCAUGUCUCUAAUGCGGAUAAGGUAUCAAUACGGGACAUAGCCAGGGAAAGAGUCGAAAUAGUCGCCGAGAGAAUGCACCGUUUGCCGGAUGAGUUUCUUGAGGAGUUAAAGAACGGUCUUAAGUCUAUCCUGGAAGGAAACGCAGCUUUGAGCGUUGAUGAAUUCAUGUUCUUGCAGAAGCUUGUUCAGAGCAGACCUGAUUUGACCUCUACAACGCUUAUGAGGGCUCAUCGUGUGCAGCUUGAGAUUCUUGUAGCGAUAAAUACCGGAAUCCAGGCGUUCUUGCAUCCGAACAUCAGUCUCUCUCAGGCUAAUCUCAUCGAGGUUUUCGUGUACAAGAGAUGCAGAAACAUAGCCUGCCAAAGCCAGCUACCAGCUGAUGAUUGCUACUGCGAGGUUUGCACCAAGAGGAAAGGUUUCUGCAACCUUUGCAUGUGUGUGAUCUGCAACAAGUUUGAUUUCUCUGUCAAUUCCUGCCGCUGGAUUGGAUGCGACUUGUGUUCUCAUUGGACUCAUACAGACUGUGCUAUUCGGGACGGACAGAUCACGGCGGGAUCAUCUGCUAAGAAUGCGUCAGGUCCAGGUGAAAUGAUGUUCAAGUGCCGCGCAUGCAACCGGACUUCUGAGCUGCUUGGUUGGGUUAGGGAUGUGUUUCAGCACUGUGCACCAAACUGGGAUAGGGAAUCUUUGGUUAAAGAACUUGACUUUGUUAGUAGGAUAUUCCGAGGAAGCGAGGAUCAACGAGGUAGGAAGCUGUUCUGGAAGUGUGAGGAGCUUAUGGAGAAGAUCAAGGGUGGUUUGGCUGAAGCAACAGCUGCUAAAUUGAUACUAAUGUUUUUCCAAGAGAUUGAAUUGGACUCUGCGAAGAGCUUUGAUAUUGGAGAAGGAGGGCGUCUGAUAGCACCUCAAGAUGCAUGCAGCAGAAUUGCUGAAGUUGUGCAGGAGACUCUGAGGAAAAUGGAAAUAGUUUCUGAGGAGAAGAUGAGGAUGUUCAAGAAGGCACGCAUGGCGCUGGAGAGUUGCGAUAGAGAGCUGGAAGACAAAGCCAAGGAAGUAGCGGAAAUGAAAGCGGAGAGGCAGAAGAAGAAGCUACAGAUAGACGAGCUGGACAGAAUCGUGAGGCUGAAGCAAGCGGAGGCAGACAUGUUUCAGCUUAAAGCAAACGAAGCGAAGCGGGAGGCUGAGAGGUUGCAGAGGAUUGUGCUAGCGAAAAUGGAUAAGUCUGAGGAGGAAUACGCGAGUAACUAUCUGAAGCAGAGGCUGAGCGAGGCCGAGGCGGAGAAGCAGUAUCUGUUUGAGAAGAUUAAGCUGCAGGAGAAUUCGAGGGCGGUGUCACAGAGCAGUGGUGGUGGUGGUGGUGGAGGAGACCCGUCACAGGUGUUGAUGUACUCAAAGAUCCGUGAUCUUCUUCAAGGAUACAAAUAA